UACCUGCCGCUGACUGGCUCGCCGCUCACACUGACGUUAACUGUACAGGUGCAUUGUGGGACUUGGAGUUGUAGCAUUCAGGCUUCGCUUUCAAAUCAAAGAGGAAAGCCCUCUUAGGUAAUAUACUUUGUCGAUUGUAAACAACAGUUAGGUCUAGCGUGGACGCUGAGUGAUACACUUGUGAAAAAACUGAUUUUAUUUGGAUUACAUCUGCAUUACGUGAAUAAAAUCACUCCAUGUCCCAGUUGCACUGUGGCUCGUGUGCAGCUUCCUAACAGCUGAUGCACCAUAGCUGAUAGUCAGCGCAGGGAAAUUUAAGAGUUUUUAAGCUAUGGAGGUGCUCACCAAGCUGUGUUAGACAAACACACGGACAUGGAGGUACAAGCCGAGACUGCGGCGUGAAAUUUAGAUGUAUUUCCACGCUCCACGUCUUCAUAUGGUGAGCAGGGCACCUGUUCCUUGACAGCAUGGACAACGGCUGGUUUAUUGGACAAGAGAAGAUUUUGCUCUCAAGCUCUGAACAAGAUACAACAAUGUCUAGCUCUUGCAGAGUAUUUUCAAAACCCUGCGUGACCAUCAACCUGACUGACAUGCUACAGGGAGUUAAAAGUGGUUCAGAGAAGACGCCAAUUCCUAUCCGGCCACCAGGUCCCAGAUUCCCUUCACCAAAGCCCCAUGACCUCCACACCCCCUCUUGUGAGCCUAUGCCGAAAUCUAUCAUCCGACAACGGUCACAGUCUCUUCCACCUGUCACAGAUAAGAAGAGGCAAUACAGACAUACAGGGGUACGAUUUACUGACUCUUUGGGCCUAGACCUGGAGAAUAUCAAACUUUUUGAUUCGGGAGAGGAACCAUGUGUGCCACAUCAUGUUAGCUUUAGAUUGCUUAUGGCUGCAGAAAUGGCAGAUGGAACACACUUGGAGAUAUCCUUGCCUUAUUUAAAGCCACUUUUUGACCAACAGCCUGGCGAUCAUCCUGCAUUCUUGCAUCGACUCUGUAAGCGCAAAGUGUGCCUUGAGAGAGUCCUGUGUUUAGAACUCAGUGUGAUUGGAAUCGCCCAAGUGCUGAAUCUGGAUUUUGAGAAAGCUGUAACGGCCCGCUAUUCAUUUACGGAGUGGAAGAGCUGUGCAGAAACUAAGGCCUCGUGGGUGUCUACCAGCUCCAAGAUCUGUGAAGGAGGAGGUCAACUCAGUUGUGAUGUGUUUCAUUUCCACCUGCCCAUUCCUCCAUUCCUGCAGCCUGGAGCAGUGUUAGAGUUUGCCAUUCAGUAUAAGGUUUGUGGAGCCGAAUACUGGGACAACAACGAUGGAGAGAAUUAUAAGUUAGUUUGUCAUAACUACAAGCAUUCUGUUCCCAAAGAAUGUGAGGACAGUAUGGUUCACUUUUUUUAGGAUGCUGCCACAAAAAACACCAAGCACACUUAUUGAGAAUGUAUGACUUCUUUGUAAUUUUUGUAAAAUUAUAAUGCAAUCAAAUUAAUUUUUUUAUAACCCUAGAUUCAGAAUGAACUCUUAACUUCGGAGACUCACUAAAAGAGAAGUGGACACACUCAAUUAGUUUCUAACUACAGCUCCCAGUUAUAAUUUUUGUCUGUUUUCAUAGUGCACUUCACGUGGAAGCACUUUCAUGUCUGAAUGGAAAUUAAGCUCACUAAAUAUUAUUUUUUUUAUAUAUUAAGUGUAAAUGAAAGAGCCUUUGUUCAAUAUUUAUUUCACCAAAAAUAAAUUCCUAGUUUAACACUGGUAGGAAUUUGGUAAGUCAUGUUUUUAAAUUAUUUUUUCUGUUUAGAGAAACAUGUGGCACAUAAUUUUGUAAGCCAAACGUGGAAGAACGACUGCAGAAGUCAUUUAUAUUUUUUGUAUUUGCUAAUAACCACAAACAAUGUGCAAUUUUGUGUAAUAAAAA